GGCUAAUUGCUAGUCUGUAUACAGUUACUCGUUUUACUACAUUUUCACACUUACCCGGAAGAAGCUUCCCCUUAAACAGAUAAAUAUAUAUAUUUGCACUUCAACGAGCAUGAUCGUUCAAAAGGAAUUAUUAUUUAUUGCUAUAUUUGAUCCGGAACUUUAAGUGAGUCAAGAAAAACUAAACGUUUCGUGAGUAGAAGAAUGGAGACAACGCAUAUAGCACUCGGAGCGGAUUUACUUUCCCAAAUAAAUCAAUAAUCUAUUGGACGUAUAGGCUAUUGUCUGCAGAGAAAACAACUCGACACACUCAUCAGGGAUUCUGUCUUUCACUGAAGCGGGGAUAUCCCUUCCGUCUCCGCUGAAGAUCACUGGAAAACUAUUGUUUCCUCUUACUGAAAAACCACCACAAUAAGACUGCCCUGCAUUUGUUCUCUUUCUGUGGCACGGAGAACUAUUUGACAAGGACUUUUGACAGCGGCGCAGGAUGCCUCAAAAAGAAUACCACAGCCAAGCCACGUGGGAGUCUGGCGUAGCCUCGAUGAUGCAGAACAAGGUCUAUGACAUCUGUGAUGAAGGUCACAGCGGUGUGAACCAGCUGGGCGGUGUGUUUGUUAACGGUAGACCGCUACCGGACACCACCAGGCAGAAAAUCGUCGAACUUGCUCAUAGUGGCGCGCGGCCGUGCGACAUCUCCAGGAUUCUGCAGACCCAUGAUGACUCAAAAGUCCAAGUGCUGGAAAAUGAAAACGUGUCCAACGGGUGCGUGAGUAAGAUCCUUGGCAGAUACUAUGAGACUGGCUCCAUAAGACCGAGAGCGAUCGGAGGCAGCAAGCCGAGGGUAGCCACUCCAGAGGUGGUGGGGAAGAUAGCGCAGUACAAGAGGGAGUGCCCGUCUAUUUUCGCCUGGGAGAUCCGCGACAGACUGUUGUCGGAGGGGGUCUGCACCAACGACAAUAUACCCAGUGUAAGUGCAGUGAGUGUGUCAUCGAUAAACAGAGUUCUCCGCAACCUGGCUAGCGAGAAGCAACAGAUGGGCGCAGAUGGCAUGUAUGACAAACUGAGAAUGCUCAACGGUCAGACAGGAACUUGGGGGACACGGCCCGGCUGGUACCCCGGAACUUCAGUGCCAGGGCAGCCCAACCAAGAUGGCUGCCAGCCACAGGACGGUGCAGGAGAGAACACCAACUCCAUCAGUUCGAAUGGGGAGGAUUCUGACGAGACGCAGAUGCGACUCCAACUAAAGAGGAAACUACAGAGAAACCGCACGUCGUUCACCCAAGAGCAGAUUGAAGCACUGGAAAAAGAAUUUGAAAGGACUCAUUAUCCUGACGUUUUCGCGAGGGAAAGACUGGCAGCGAAAAUAGAUCUGCCUGAAGCAAGAAUACAGGUGUGGUUCUCAAACAGAAGAGCGAAGUGGAGGCGGGAGGAGAAGCUCCGGAACCAGCGUCGUCAGGCCAGCAACUCCUCCAGUCACAUCCCCAUCAGCAGCAGCUUCAGCACCAGCGUCUACCAGCCCAUGCCUCAGCCCACCACACCGGUGUCCUUCACAUCUGGGUCUAUGUUGGGCAGACCUGACACGGCCCUCACUAACACGUACAGCGCACUGCCUCCCAUGCCCAGCUUCACCAUGGCCAACAACCUGCCUAUGCAACCCAGCCAGACCUAUUCCUGCAUGCUGCCUACCAGUCCGUCUGUGAAUGGGCGGAGCUACGACACAUAUACGCCCCCUCAUAUGCAGGCACAUAUGAACAGCCAAUCAAUGACCACUUCUGGUACCACCUCAACAGGACUCAUCUCUCCUGGAGUGUCUGUCCCUGUCCAAGUCCCAGGCGGCGAGCCUGACAUGUCUCAGUACUGGUCAAGACUACAAUAGAGAGAAGAGCUACUUCUCCCUGUAACUGUUCACCCACCGCCCUCCGCUGGGAGCUCACACACACAUGGAGAGAAGUGGAGGAGAGAGAGACUCUGGGAGUGCCCUAGGACUACAGGGUGUGGUUGUUUCCACUGGGACCGUGUGCUGUUCUGUAGUCUUGGCACACAUGAGGACUGGGGAGAACAACGAUGGGAAGAGAGGGGGAAGAAGAAGACAAAACGUGGACCUCUGUAAAGUGCCCGGUGUUUAACAUUUUCAUGGAACAAAAACUUCAUUUUUUUUCUCACUUUUCAAGUAAUUGUUUCUUUUUUUCUGUCUGUCUCUUGUGUUUGUAUAUGGCCGUGUGUAUGUUAUGAUGAAAAACCCAGAUCAAGUACUGAUAGAUGGACUGCUAGAAAACCAUGUUGGUCUUGUGUUUGUUUUUGAGGUAAAGGAGAACCCAAGAGAUUUCUGCCAUGACUAUUUUUAUAUCUGCUUACAUGGAGACUUUCUACCAGACUUUGCACAGUCUGUGGACUCAUGCGAAACUGUUGCAUAUCACCCGAGAGGAGAGCUGUGGGGAAUAGAACCUAUUUAUUGGUCAUACUCCUUCAAAAUGGCCGUCAGCAGAGGAGGACCUCCAGUCAAUCCACCCACCUCAGCCUUGGGUCUUUGACUCCUGCAAUAUCACACAAACUGUAUAGGCCUGGAUAUUUCACUGUGGUCACAGACAACCACAUUAUCACAGGAAUCGUACAGACAACCACCACUAACAGUUUGCAAGGACAGUGGGAAAUUCAAGACUUGUUCAUGGACUUCUGCUGUGGUGGAUGGAUUGAUUCUAGGUUCAAGACUUGUUCACGGACUUCUGCUGUGGUGGAUGGAUUGAUUAACGGUCCAAGUGAAGAGCUAUAGAUGCAGAGGAGCUGUGGAGAAAAACAGUUGAAUCGCUAAAUGGUAGACUGUGUCUUCGAUAUAAUCCAAUUUGUUCAUGUCAAAUUGUAAGUAUGUCUUCCCUAGAAAUCAAAAGAUUUCUCCAAUAAAAGUACAUUUACAUUUUUAUCCCCCCAAGAAUAUUCUAUAAAUGUUUUCUACACAUUUUCAUGCAUCAUAAAAAUACAUUUCUUUAGGUCAGGUACAAUUAGUCUCUUAGGUAUAGUUGUAUUAUAGUGUCCUAUUGUCAAAUCAUUUUGUGCAACUAGAAAGAUUUAAUUCCUAUAAUUAUGAUUAAACAUGCUUGACAAAGUUUGAAACAUAAGUGUUUGGCAGUUGUUUACAAGUACAUAUCAGAUUUAAUCAUUGUUGAUUGUAAAACAGACCAAAGCCUUUGUAUUUCAUCUAUUACACAAUGCUUUUUGUUGUUGAAGA